CUUUAUCAUUAAAAAUCUUUCAUUUUUUUCUAAGUCCUUCAAUUAAUAAUUUUAGUUUGAUUGGUUUAUCUAUCAUACAUUCAUCACCAUGAAACAGGCGGAGCAUCAACCAGCUACUAGUGACUUUACUACCGGUCUUUGUGAUUGUUGCUCUGAUUGUUCAAGCUGCCUUCUUACAUUUUGUUGCCCCUGCAUUUCCUUUGGACGAAUUGCAGAGAUUGUUGACCAAGGCUCAUUAUCAUGCUGUGCUGCUGGAACCUUCUACUUGGUACUUGCAACCUUUGUAGGGUUUCAAUGGAUAUACUCAUGCACAUACCGUGCAAAGCUUAAGGCUCAUUUCGGGAUUCCGGAAAGCACUUGUGAGGAUUGUUGCAUCCACUUCUUUUGUCAAUGUUGUGCCUUGGCUCAAGAGUAUCGCGAGCUUAAACUCCGUGGCUACAACCCUGCUCUUGGAUGGGAAGGAAAUAUGGAGAGACAAAAGGCAUCAAUUGUGCCUCCUCAAAUGCCUGUGGGCGGCAUGAUUCGAUAAGCCUCACGGACAAUAAAAUGGAGUAUGAGAAAUUGUCUUUGCAGUCUAUGUAUAAUACUCGUAUAUACGGGGUAUAUUGUAUGAUAAAUAUAUACUCGGUAUAUGUUGUAUGUAGUUUUAAUUUUCAUUGAUAUACUCCUGGCCUAUCUCAAUUUCUGUAUUUAUGCAUUGCUUGUGUAUGUCCAUCAUCCACUUAUACAAGUAUAUGGCUAGUCCACAUAUAAUGAAUGCUCAAAAAAUAUUUUACUUUAACUAAGUGAACAAAGUGAUUAUUACCAUU